AUGGACUUCGACAAGCCCCUGGACCAGGCUCAUGAGGACAGAAAGGGAUCGCAACUCCGAGCGAUGCGACAUCAAUCAGUGGCAUCUCGGCGUCUGAGUGAAGCCCAGGCCAUGAAAUUGGCAGAGGACGACACCGCCAUCGUCGACGAGGAAAUUGCAGAAUUCGAGGCCGAUCUGGAGGCACGGCCGGUCAAGAGCACCUUUCUCAAUCCGCAAAUCUCAUUCAAUGACCCCCGUCACUUCACCUGGCUCCUCGUCGGGUUUGCCUCGAUGGGCGGCAUGCUCUCCGGCCUUGACCAGAGUGUUAUCUCUGGUGCUUUGCUCUACAUGCCCGACGAUCUACAUCUGAGCACGUCCCAAGUCAGUUUGACCAGCUCUGCUGUACCCCUUGGCGCCAUUGGAGGUGCUCUCAUUCUGGGUCCCAUCAACGAGCUGGUCGGUCGAAAGAUGGCGAUUAUCAUUGCCUUGAUCCUCUACACCAUCGGCGGCGCGCUGGAAGCCGGUGCGAUUAACUUUGGUAUGAUUGUGGGCGCACGAGUGGUCCUCGGCAUGGGUCUCGGUCUUGAAGGAGGUACCGUUCCCGUCUACGUUGCAGAAUCGGUCCAGAAAAAAUACCGCGGCAACCUGGUCAGCCUGUACCAAUUCAUGAUCGCCUUUGGAGAGGUCAUCGGCUACGUAGUCGCUGCUAUUUUCGUCAACGUCCCGUCCGGAUCCUGGAGGUAUAUGCUUGGCUCGUCCCUGGUCUUCAGCACCAUUAUGCUCGUGGGUAUGCUCUUUAUGCCCGAAUCCCCACGAAUGCUGCUGCACAAGGGCAAGAUCCUGGAAGCGUUCGCCGUGUGGAAACGCAUCCGAGGCCUUUCCAGCGCCGAAGAUCGCAAGGAGUUCUUCAUCAUGCACCAUGCCCUCGAUGCUGAGAUCCACGAGGGUGACGCAGAGCGCCGGAGAUUUGUUUGGCUUGAUUUCUUCACCAAUCCCCGUGCACGACGAGCCAUCGUUUACGCAAAUAUCAUGAUCGCGCUUGGCCAGUUGACCGGGAUCAAUGCAAUCAUGUACUACAUGUCAACCCUGAUGUCCCAGAUUGGAUUCGACAAGAAGCAGUCCGUCUUCAUGUCCCUCGUGGGAGGUGGAUCUCUCCUCCUAGGCACCAUCCCCGGUGUGCUGUACAUGGAAAAGUUCGGCCGUCGCUUCUGGGCCAACACUAUGCUCCCCUGCUUCUUCAUCGGCCUCAUCUUUGUCGGCGUCUCGUACCAGCUGCAUUCGGUCACCGCCACGGAAGGGAUGUACCUCACGGGGAUCAUUCUGUACAAUGGCUUCUUUGGGUCAUACGCGUGCCUCACUUGGGUCUUGCCCAGCGAGGUCUUCCCCACAUACCUACGAUCCUACGGUAUGGAGUCCACCGACAUCAACCUCUUCUUCGGCAGCUGGUUGGUGACCUACUUCUUCUCCGACAUGCAGCGGGCGAUGACCAAGACCGGGCUGACACUCGGCUUCUACGGAGGCAUCGCGGUGCUCGGCUGGAUCUAUCAGCUUCUGUUCAUGCCCGAGACGAAGAACAAGACCCUGGAGGAGAUCGACCUCAUUUUCAGCCAGCCGACCGGCCAGCUUGUGAGACAGAAUAUGCGAAAUGUCGCCCGCGGCAUGAGUGAUAUUGCACAUUUCAGAUUUGGCAAGAUCCUCUCACCGGUGGAAGAGAGUCAUGAGGUGGAACGGCACAUCGACGAAAUCAAGGCGUAG